AUGUCCUUCAAGAUCUCUGCCGUCUUCUCCAAGAAGAACCCUUCCUCUUCUACUGUCGGCACCUUCUCAAACGACUCGAUGAUUACGCUCGUCAACGAGAAACGCGCCUAUCCAGCCACUCAGCCGCGCACCCAACCCCUUGAAGCCUUCGGCGCGUUGGCCGGUACCUACGGCUACGCUGGUACCCUCGCAGGCCCUCCUCCCAUUAACCCCUCCGGAUCGAAGAAGGCUGAAAAGGCGCGCAAGGCUGCGGAGAAAGCUGUUGCUGCCUCCGCUUCUCCCUCAUACACCCCCGCCGCGCUCAUCAACACCUACGGCUACGCCGGUACCCUCGCCGGACCUCCGCCCGUCAACCCGUCCGGCACGACUAGCAAGAAAGCGCUGCGUCGCUAA